AUGGCGAGCGAACAGCAAUAUAAGAAGUGUAUUUGUUUUCAUGAUAAUACAACAAAAACUACUGGCCUUCGCCCCAUGACUGCGCAGGAUGUUCUAGUGGUUCAGGCCCUUCUGAGAGAACAUCUAAAGGCUUUUCAUCUCUCUCCUGUUAUGACCCUGGAGGAUGUUGAACACUGGCUUCUGCCUCAAGAUGGUGUGAUUGACACAUAUGUUGUGGAGAGCAUGACCGGUACAGUAACUGACAUGGUGAGUUUCUACACUCUUCCCUCUACGGCUCUGAACCACCCUGUGCAUAAAGGCCUGAAAGCAGCCUGUGUUCUCUACUGCAUCAGUAAAGCCACCCCGCUGCUGCAGCUAAUGGGGGACACCCUUAUAAUCUGUAAAGCAAGGGGGUUUGAUGUGUUCUCUGCAAUGGAUGUAAUGGAUAAUAAAGCUUUUUUGGAGCCACUUAAGUUCAGAAUGGGAGAGGUACACAAGCAGUAUUACCUCUUCAACUGCUGGUCCUCACCGCACACAUUCGUGAGGUUGUACGAUCUUGACUUCAGCUCCACUCCAGGGGCGCAGGUGCUUUCGUCUGAAUGUGCUUCACACGGACGGACAUUUGCUCUUAUAGCGACAUGGGUAUUAGCGCUCCCACAGCGUUUCGACGCAGCUUGA